UCCGUUUCCGUGGUUCCGGGUCGUCCGGCGGCGGCGGUGAUGGCGGCGGCUUCCUCCUCCUCGGCGGCGGCCGCGGGCUGUCGGGAGGGCUCAGCGGCGGCGGCGGGCUGCGGCUGGAGCGACUCUCAGUUCCGCCGGUACUCCUUCGAGACGCGGCCCAUCCCGCGCCUCAGCCACAGCGACCCCCGCGCCGAGGAGCUCAUCGAGAACGAGGAGCCAGUGGUGCUGACAGAUACAAAUCUGGUUUAUCCUGCUCUGAAGUGGGACCUGGACUACCUGCAGGAGAACAUUGGCAAUGGGGACUUCUCCGUGUACAGUGCCAGCACACACAAGUUUUUGUACUACGAUGAGAAGAAGAUGGCCAACUUUAAGAACUUCAAACCCAAGUCAAGCAGGGAAGAGAUGAAGUUUUCUGAGUUUGUGGACAGACUCAAAGAAAUACAACAAAAAGGAAGCACUGAGAGGCUAUAUCUGCAGCAAACCCUGAAUGACACAGUUGGAAGAAAGAUUGUAGUGGAUUUUCUUGGCUUCAACUGGAACUGGAUUAACAAGCAGCAAGGGAAACGUGGCUGGGGUCAAUUGACUUCUAACUUGCUUCUUAUUGGCAUGGAAGGGAAUGUGACACCAGCUCACUACGACGAGCAGCAGAAUUUCUUUGCUCAGAUCAAGGGUUACAAGCGGUGCAUCCUGUUCCCUCCAGACCAGUUUGAGUGCCUCUACCCUUACCCUGUGCACCAUCCGUGCGACAGGCAGAGCCAGGUGGACUUUGACAAUCCUGACUAUGAGAAAUUUCCAAACUUCAGGAGUGUGGUUGGCUAUGAGACAGUGGUGGGCCCGGGGGACGUGCUCUACAUACCCAUGUACUGGUGGCACCACAUUGAGUCUCUUCUGAAUGGAGGAAUUACCAUCACUGUGAACUUCUGGUAUAAGGGUGCCCCAACCCCAAAGAGAAUUGAAUAUCCAUUAAAGGCUCAUCAGAAAGUGGCGAUAAUGAGGAACAUUGAGAAGAUGUUGGGAGAAGCCUUAGGAAACCCACAAGAGGUGGGUCCCUUGUUGAAUAUGAUGAUUAAGGGACGAUAUGACUAAUGUCUGGCUGCCCGGGUGACUGAUGUUGGAGCUGCUUUGUUCACAAGCAAUGGAAGAUACUGAGCGCUAGUAUUGCACGCAGCACUUAGACUGGUGGGUUUCCUGACCCGUCCUUGCCCCACUACAAUAAAGGGGGCUACUGGAACUGCAAAACCAUUAGUACCCCAUUCAUCCUCCAUUCUCAUCUAUCUGAACCUCCCAAGAAAGAGUCUGCACUUAUUGGAAGCUGGAUUCAUGCUCACUGAUUCAUUUUUCCUCCCUCUGCCCUGUUUGCCACAACAAGGAACAUGGCUUCUGGCACUUGGAUGUGUCGCUUCGGGAUUUUCAGGCAUUGGAAGAAGAGCUUGGAGGAGAACCAGGAACGAUCGCGCUUCCUCAGCCCCACGGGGUUUGGGCCUCUUGACUGGGUUUAUGUGUUGGUGCCUGCAGUGGAUAUAAGAUGGGAAGUGAUAGGGAUCUCAAUCCUCAGUUGUUGAAGGACCCGUCAUGCUCAGCUCUGGCACCUCUUUGUAUAAUGGAAACGAGCAUGUGAGAUGGCCUGUGUGUGAUGAGCAGCUGGGCAAAUGAUUUGAUUUCCUCAACUUUAAGACACCUAUGCUUCAGACUUAGUACAGGGUAGAAACCAGAGUGAGUUCACGUAGUGUGUGAGCACCAAGUCCUAUGCUCUCCAAAUAACAUCUGUGUUGUAGGAGUCUAGAUAAACCUCGUUCCUUGCAGCUUUCUCUAGGGAGUGAAGGCUUCUCUCCCACUCUUGUAAAGCUACAGUGUGCUUAAAAGAGAGUGUAGCAUUAUGAAGGGAGAUGCAUAAAUGCCAGGGCACUGUCUACAUCUUGGAUGAUUAAGCCACAUGUUUAAAGGAAGUUCCCCAGGGGUACCAAGGUAGACGGUCAGAACACAGUGUCAGAUAGGUACAGAGACUCCCUUCUCCCCACAGGGGUGCUGGCUCCUCGCACUAACACAGGAAAGUGCCCUUUUUACUGAAACUGCAAGAACUCAAGUGUGUGUGGCCGCGCACACGUGCGCAUGUUUGUGUGAUGCGUGGCUCCUGUCCAUCAGUCACACAUGCCAGUGUGUGAUUAUCUUCCUUGUACAGUCACGUGAAAGACAUCAGGGCUUUCUGUUUCAAUGUGGUUAAAUUUAUCUUGAUCCUUUUUACGUUUGGGGACUCGAUGUGGCUGGCUGGGAAGCAAGAAGACCAGGGCACAGGAGCCAGACAAACCUCUGUUCAAGGGUCCUCAUCAAUCACCCUGAAAGAGCAUUUUGCUUUCUUCCCCCUCCUCUUCUGUGUGAAAGCCUUAAGCUCGUGUGGAGGCUGGCGUUUUGCUCCCUGGUGUGUUGCACUCCUGUCCCUGAUUUGGGGGGGUUGUGCAAAGGCCUUGUGUAUUUGAUAUGGUUGUAAUGGGUUCCAAGAGCUAGAGGUGGGAGAAGCUGUUUCAUAGCCCAUAUAGCUCAUCCCAAGAAUAGUGGAGAAUUUGUUCUGUUGAGACUUGCCAGUGUUUUCCCUGUUGUCCUUUGGAGCUUGUUCUGACACGUCAUUGGGAUAAAAGUGGUGAGAGCACUCUGCUGACAAAGCACCCCAUCUUUGGCUGCGGGUCCCAUCUUUUGGUGGGACAGCUCAUGCACCACUUGAAGCGAACUUGUCUUGCAUAAAGGUGAAAGGCUUCUCAAACAGAAGGUCUCUGAGGUUAGUUUUCUGGCCACUUUGUCAGAACAAAUGAAGUGUAAUUGGCAGCUUCAGGGUCCAUGUUUAAGAAAUACAUCUGUGUCACUGAGUAUCUGACUGCCGUGUUACUUGUUACAGACUCUCCAGGGCUGUGGUUAAAUCCAAAUGAAAGUUACUCAGAUGGACAUUUAUCCAUUGCUCAGGCUUUGGGCAGGUGGAGAAGAAGGCUAAGCUGCUGGCUCUGGCUAAAAGUGAGGCCUUCCCAGGAACCCUGAGCACGUGCCCUUAGCUGAAAGAUGCUCAAAUGAAAUCCCAUCUCUCUGCUGUUUAUUCAGCACAUGGUAGUCUCAAGUGCUACUUGUUAGAUGCCAUCAACUCUUGAAGCUCAGGGUGGGAGUUAAUCUCCCAUGUGGAGAGAGAAUGGUACUUACAGAACUUUAGGAUCCUUUUUUUUUUCUUUAUUUGCCAAAGGUCUAACUUUUAAAGUGUCUGAACAGGUUUUGCUGCACUUGACUUUAUGAAAGCUCAUUUACCAUGCACUGAUGGACUGACUUCCCCCCACCCCGUCCCCUUUUCCUUUUCACCUUGUGCUUUCAAUGCCCCUUGCCAUGGUAUUGGGAAGCUGUGUGUGUUCUCUGCUAGGGGUGUGUGUGCAAGGGGUGGGGUGUGACAAACACACGGUACCUUCUGAAGUGUAGUUCUUAAAUACAACCAAUGUUGAACAACAGAA